AUGUUACACACAUUCACUACAACAAGUUUCUCCUGGGCUGCUGGACAGCAACGACAGCCAUAUCACGAAAGAAUUCUUCACCAAUAUAAAGAUGACGUUCUGGGAUUGUCUGACCAACUCUUACUUUGGCAAAGUAAAGUGCCCAUUCGUCAGUUAAUGGCUUUACCCAACUGUACCCCACCUGCUGUGAACCAGUUCCCCAGGGAUCUAUUUACCCAGGAACAGCGUAAAAACGGAGCUCUUGUUAUCCAUGUUCUUGUGGCUGCUUACAUGUUUCUUGGAUUGUCUGUGGUCUGUGAUGACUACUUUAUACCAUCACUGGAGUCUAUUUCAGAGGCUCUGCAUUUACAAACUGAUGUGGCAGGUGCAACAUUUAUGGCUGCUGGAAGUUCAGCCCCUGAACUGGCCACAUCUAUUAUUGGGGUUUUUGUUGCAAAGAAUGAUAUUGGUCUGGGAACUGUAGUAGGCUCUGCUGUCUAUAACAUCCUCUUUGUAAUCAGUUUAUGUGCCUUAUUUGCUGGAGCAACAGUUCAUCUGAAUUGGUGGCCAUUAUUUCGAGACUGUAGCUGCUACACUCUCAGUAUCAUAACAUUACUGAUCAUCAUUCUAGACGAAAUUGUCACAUGGUAUGAAGCCCUUGUUUUGGUGCUGUUGUACAUGUUCUAUAUUUUGCUAAUGUAUUUUAACCCAACUCUUGAGCAGUGGGCUCUCAGCCAUUGCACUUGCCUCACUUCCAGCUCUCCACCUCUUGCCUGCAAAAUCUCUGAAGAAGUAAAUAUCUACAACAAACUUCCUUCUAAAGGAGUGUCUGAGGAAGAUGUAUCAAAAAAGCCAAAUGAAGUUACAGAAAUUUCACCAAACUGCAGCAAUUUUGAAAAAGUUCCUGCUACUCAUGACACAGACUCAGAUUCUGAUGAAUUUGAUGAAAAAAGCAAUUUUGUUGCCUUGGGCAAGGGCCUCUCUGAAGACCCUCCAAACAACACUUGCUGGACAACAAAUAUGCCUCCAGUGGAAGUUGCACCCCCUGAACCAAAGCCAAAGUCUGCCCUUAGUAUGCCAUCCACCUGUCUGAAACGAGUUCAAUGGGUCAUCAUGUUUCCCAUCAUUGCAAUCCUAUACAUUACCAUACCAGACUGCAGGAAAACACGAUUCCAACGAUGCUACUUGUUGACAUUCAUAAUGUCUGUUGUGUGGCUCUCUGUCUUCUCUUUCCUAAUGGUUUGGAUGAUAACUGUCACAGGUUAUACGCUGGGAAUUCCUGACACAGUGAUGGGCUUAACAUUUGUAGCAUUUGGUGUCAGUGUACCUGAUGCCAUUACCAGCCUCAUUGUAGCUAGAGAAGGUUAUGGUGAUAUGGCCAUUUCUAAUGCUGUGGGUAGUAAUGUAUUUGACAUUUUACUUUGCAUGGGUUUUCCAUGGCUUCUGUCAACAUUAUUCUACCAAAGUGAUGUUCCUGUUUAUAGUGAAGGUUUGACAUACAGCGUAGUUACACUCUUGUCCACUGUUCUUUUCUUGAUUCUGGCCACUCACUUUAAUGGCUGGAAGCUGUCCAUCCGCUACGGUGGACGUCAGAUGUGUUACAAUUGUCAAUAUACUAUCACAUCAACUAAACAAGGUAUUGAAUGUGCUUCUGAAUACAACAACACAAUAAACAGUGGGAAGUGCCCUUACAAGUGCAUCAUACAUAGUGAAACUAACAAAGAAACUGAAGAACUCCGCAGUUAUUUUCGUGGUUGUGGUAAAGGUUACACUAAAAAUGGUUGUUCAGAAGUCGGGAAUAUAGAAACUUGUUAUUACACGUGUACUGACCAUUUCUGUAAUGGCAUUGACAUUCGUCCUUCAAAAAACAAUUCCUUAGAUAUUACCAUUGACAAAAGCCUUUUAUUUCUUAUCUACUUUGUCUUUGUAUCAAACAUUUAA